AUGCAUGAUUUCGCCAGGUUCAAACUCCUUCAAAAAGUCCGUCAGCCCCGAACAUCAGUCUGGUGCGUUGCGAUUCGGCGCCGACAACAAGGCCUUGAUCCGAGUGAGAGCCGAGAUAUUUUUCUUAGAUCCGUCAAAUCUCCUCAUCUACCGAGUCAUAGCCGUCCAUCUCCGCGAUAUAAUCACGCUUCCACCGUGCCAGACCCGAAUUUCAGCGGCGACUGCUCGCAUCCGCAGCCCUGGCGAACUUUGGCCGCUGCCCCUCCACAUCCUCAGGAGGCUGCCGCGAGUAACUUGACUAUGAUGGCCAAGCACCUGGAACGCUGGAGUGUGACCCCACAAUUGCUCCUAAGCUCUACCUACUGUGGCAUGCCACCGUGCCAUGAUGUUGUCAAUCUCUCGGCCGCGCCUCGUCUGAAAUUGCUAUAUCAGUGGAUAGAGUCUACGAGAGAGCAACAUUCACCGGACUGCUCUCGGCCUUCCGGAGCGGCCUCUCGAGCCUCCCGUUAUGCACUAAUCAUUCAAUCUGUUUGGGCAUCUGUAAUAACCAAAGCAGCUGUUCGGAGCGUCCUCGGUGUGGAUUGUUUAGCUCAGUUACCCGUUGCUACAAGGGAUGGAUUUGAGCCCAUCUCGAUUUACUGCGAUUGUAGCAGCGGCAUUUAUCAUAGCCACCCCAUUGGCUCGAGGCUGACUACUCUGGCGGCGAAGGAGCCCACAGACUACGCUACGGCUCUACCGGCGAGGCGCACUAUGUAUUGGACGGGCCAGGAGGCUGUAGAGCUCCCCUGGCUCAUAGUCGGAGGCGUUGGCGCCAUUGGACGUAACCCCGCACCAGCUUAG